AUAAGUCCAAGAUAUCUGUCACUGUAAUAAUAGUGUUUCUCAGCUCGUGCAGUAAACUAGUCUUAAUUCAGUUGCGCUUCAAAAAUGAGUACUAAAUUGUGUUUGUUGUUUUUGCUGGUUGUAUGCAUUGCUGGUUUUGGUUCGGCAAAGCCUCAAUCAGGCUUUGGCAGCUGUGGGAAAAAUGAGGUGUUCAAAAGCUGCGGCAGCCGUUGUGAGCCAACGUGCGCUACGAGGAAUGACCAAAUCUAUUGCAUCCAUGUAUGCGUUGCCCGCUGUCAAUGUCAGCCUGGCUAUUUGCGGAAUAAGAAAGGAACAUGUGUCCUACCAAAAGACUGUUGAAUGGGCCUAAUAUUAUAAAAAAGCUUCGCUUUCUUGUCAAUAUAGCAGUUUUCGAUUACCAGUUGUGCAAAUGUUGUGAGGGUUAAAAAAGUAAAAAAAAAAAGAAAUAAAAAACUUAUUUGUAAUUUCUCUUAAAUGAUCAUGAUAUAUCCAUGUUUUGUAGAAAUAUAAUCUCAUAAAAUAU